AAUUUCCUAGGAUUCGAUUUCCGAAUAAAAAACAAAUAAAAAAAAUAAGACACUCUCUCACAGACCAUUAACACAAAACGCAAUGUAUAAAGAGGAUGUAAAUUCCAAGUUCUUUCUCACAAGCAUGCUUCAAAAUUACCGUUGAAAAUCUUGUGUUCACAUCUGAGCAAUUCCUUUUGCUUCCUGAUUUUCUCUGAAUAACCGAUUCCAAGUUAUCCCAGAUCUCCAACCGAACGAGCCAUGCCGACGCUUCCUUGGAAGAAGAAUCACAGGGGGACGGGGACGCGGAUUUCGCGCAUCGUGGCGGAUCUCCAGUCUCCGCCGAAGCGCGGCGGGUCGCUUGUGGUGGAGACGGGCUUCCCCACGUCCCUAAUUGACCUCUUCGUCAAGAACCGUGACCGUUUGAGGAAGAAGAGCUCGAAGAUCAACAAGUCCAACAAAACCCAUCUCCAGAUCCAACACAGUUUCCCCCCACCUUCACCGCCGCCGUCGGUGUCUGACUCGUCGACGGUUUCUGGGUCUUCCGGUUUUGACGGUGACGCUGAUCCCACGCCGUUGAAUGAGAUUGAAGAAGUUGUGCACGACGGAGAUAAAAGUACCGAGCCUCUGUGCGCGGAUCGUCGUGAUCUGCCACGAGCGGUUUACGCGGUGGCUUUCAAGCUGUUUGUGAUGCUGCUGGUUUUGGCCAUGAGCACCAAACGGCUUGCCGUUGGUAUUACCAUGUCCGCGUUUCUGCUUAUUUUUGCCGACCGUGCGUGGAAGCGCUACGCUCGUUUCUUGGGACCUUGUGGUACUGCCAGAACGGUGUUCGAGUUUUUGUUCCAAAGGGUUUCGCAAAUUGUGCGGAUCGAAAACGGUUUCUUGGUUUUGAAGAGUGUGAAUACUCAUGAAGGUUCGGUUGCAGAGGAGGAUAUUCAGAUUGUAGAAUCCAAUUGUGAUGUGAAUGAAGAGCAGCGUGUGGGGGAGAUUGCUAGUAUUGGACCGGAGCUUGAGUUGCUUAGCCGUGAUAAGCGAUGGGGCUGUUUGGAUAACGAGAAAAAUUUCAAGGAUUUGGAGGAAGAGAUGGAUGGAGGCCGAGUAUUGGUACGUGGGGAUCGGCUUAGCCGGAGUGCUAGAGUAAAAGCAAAGAUUAUAAAGAAACUGUUGCCGAAGAAGUUGCGUAAUUCGAAGAAGGAUAAAAAGAGUCAGGGGAUGAAGGAGGGGGAGUCUAGCAGCGAGGUGUCUAGUGUUUUUGGGGAUGAUAGCCUUGAGGAGCAAGAUGAUCAGCAAGAGCGAGAAAGCCAGCAUAGAUCGCCGACGUUGUCGCUUUUACCAGAAGUGCUUGAUGAUGGAAACCAUAGUUCUAAUGACUCAGCACUGAAAAAGGAGGGGAGAGAAAUAAAAGGAAAUUGGGUGUAUUUAUCUCUCCUUGUAAUUGUUCUUGCUGGACUUGCAGGAGGUCGAGUUGUAGCUCUGGGAGUUACAAUUUCAUGGUGUUUCAUGUUGAAAUUGAUUGUAACUCGGAGGAGGCCUGUAGAUGUGCCUAUGAUCAGGUGUCCUGUCUCGAUCUCAAGCUAGAUUUUUGGGUAGAAAGACCAAAUUUUUUCUUCUUUUUUUCUUUUUUGGGUCCCUUUUUUUGGUUUAUAGAGAUAGUGUUGUUUUGCUUCUGAUGAAGUUUUUCUGAAGCCUUAAAGGUGUAUGCUGGAAAGCUCAGUGGUGAUAGAAACGCCAACCAUUUUGUUGGCAAACCAUACUUGAGCUGUGUGUACUUUGAGAUGUAAAUUCACAUAUACAAAUUUUAGUGCAGAAUUCAACUCUUCUUUGCUUGUAUUGGUGUGAUUUCACCUGCAUAAGCUUUAUGUAAUUCAGUGAUUUUUUUGUAUCCA